UAUGAUGCCUUGCAGAGAGAAGUAGGGAUGAGGGCCGGUAGAGCUCAGAUGCUGUUGUGUCUCAUUGCCCUUGCUGUCCUGCCAUGUGGAGUGCUAAAUCAAGACCCAACAGAUGACCCAGUGGAUGAUGUGGGUGCGGCUGAUCCUGGGGAAACAGUAGCAGAUGAAAAAGCUGAUGGUCCAACAACUUCUCCUGAGUGCCACGAAGAGCAAUUUCCAUGCACACGUCUGUACUCAGUACGCAAGCCUGUGAAGCAAUGCAUCAGUUACUUGUGUGUCACCAGUAUCCGUCGGACGUACAUGAUAAAUAAGGAGAUCUGCUCUCGUAUUGUUUGCAAAGAGGAUGAAGCCAUGCAGGAUGAGCUCUGCCGCCAGUUGGCUGGUCUGCCCCCACGCCGCCUUCGCCGCUCUGGUCAUUCUCAAGGACCACUCUGCCGGCGGUCUAAGAACCAACAGCAGAAGGCUCUUGAUGCCCAGUGACCAAGAAAUUAUAGAGAAGACAAGGAGGAGGACCCACCAAAUAGUUCCACUGCUGAAACCCAACAUAGGUUUGCCUUCUUCUCACAACCUCCUGUGUUGAGAGGUGCUCCAUUGCUGGGAGCUUCCUUGCCUGCAUCUCACUGGUGGCACCUGAUGUCACCUUUGAGAUGGGAUGCUAGCAUCUUGUGUUCUUGCUUCUGCAUCAUGCUUGCCUCAGGGCCAGUUAUAUAAGCCCUGUUCUUACAUCUACCUUAACAUAUACAUACAUACAUACAUACAUACAUACAUGCAUACAUACAUACAUAUGUGUAUACAGAACUGGUGGAGCAGGAGCUCAUGAUUGACCUGCCCUAGUAGUUGGCUUGUAUCUGCCUUCUCCAGAGCCAGUUUAACAACAGACAGUGACUGCCACGAAAACGUGAUAUCAGUGCACUUACAGUCCAACUUAUGUAGAGCUGGUAAAGCACAGUAUUUAGCCCUGUAGAAUAAAGGGUCUGAUAUUGGAUUUAGGAAGCCUAAAAUCUACUGUACUGCUAUGUCUAAUGUACAUAAGUGAACCAGUCUGGAGGCAUGGUGGUCAGAAUCCCACCAGCCUAUCCCCUGAGGAUCAAGUGUGCCUUAAGCCAUGGGCUGGCAGGACUAAAGCAAACUAUCCUUGUCUCAGGAAUGAGACGAGGAUGGAGGCACAGCACACUGAGGUCUCGGAAUUGCUCAGCUCAGUUUCUCACUCAGCUUUUUUGCACAUCCUACUUAAACUUCUGAGGUACAAAUAGCAUCCACUUGAGAAAUCUGUUUAAGACAAGAGAGUCCAUAGAAAUGCAAAAGGAGACUGACCUCCUGAGGAGGGGAGAUUGAAGAGACUGCACAUUAAGGCCUGAUUGCACUUGAACAUGAGAGAACUACAGGAGAAGAAUAAGAAUGCGAUCUGAGCUCUGUUUGGCAGUAUGAAUGCCCCCCCCCCACAGUGCAUAGUAAGAGGAGAUAAAGAGGCUGUACAGACAGGCAGUGGGAUGCCACCCCUUUUUGCCCUGAAUUGGACUGCGGCCUUCAGAGGCAGCAAAAAGAAACUGACCCAAGCGGCUCCUUAUUUGCACCCUGGGAGGGGUUUCAUAAGCACCGCGGUGUGGCAUUAUGAUGCCCCUUCCAGGCUGUGCUGUUUGGGCACUGCGCCGGAGGUCAUCAUGACACACUCUGUCUAGAAGGGUGCCCGGUUGGUGGCGUAAGGGCUUGGAGCCUGCGGACACUCAGCCUUCAGCCCGCCCACAGGCCAGCACAAAGAGCCAGUCUAUAUAGCCCCAGAGUCCUGUAUGUCUCUUCAUAGAUUCAUUUGAUUAGAUCACCAUUGAUUUCUCAUCCCAGCCAUUGAGAAUGACCACCACAUACUUCUUUUGAUGAAGAAGACAAGUCAAGGGGUGGGUGUGAAGGAAAUCCUAACUUUGUGCCAGAGUAAACAGAAAUUCCAUUGCUACUGGCAUCUACGCUGCAAACCCAGGUCGGAAGUAGGCAUUCGUUAAAUUUUAAACCCAAAUGCAAUUACUGCUGUCUUGUGGUAGUCCCUUCAUAGUACCAAACAGUUUCAGGGGCAGUCAAAGCUCUAUAGUACCGAUACGAAGGGUGUAAAGAAUACUUACCAAUUUUCUUAUCCUUAGUGAGAAGGACACCUUGUCAAGAAAACGGUCAAUCACCAUAAGAUUUUUUAAAAAUUGUAUAUGAAAAAAAAUCUGUUUGCACAAGAAACUUGGACUUUAUGCCCCAAAUGUGCAAAAUGUUUUGCUUAAAAUACACGUUAGUUUGCUAGAAAUGAUGUCUUUGCACAAUUUUUGAACACUUUUAAGGUUUGUGCAAACAAUAUAUUUUUGGAGGAGGGGAUAUCCUGAAUUUUUUUAAAAAUGCAAAAUGCAACCCCCCGCACCCUCUUGUAAUGUCAGCCAGCAGGGAGAAAUGUUUUUGAAAUUAGUUUUCUUUAUAUGUGAGAAUGAAAUAAAUGAAGGUGGACAUCUGUAGUAGAUACAAAUCUCAGGAAUGAUACAAUCUGUGCCCUUCCCUCCACAGUGAUGCCAAGGCCUGCUUAUAUGAACUAGUGAUAAUUCUGACAGAUGGGUUCUGGCACCACCAGUCAAAAGGCACUGCCUUUCCCUCCUUAAUGGAUUAUUUUGUUGUAAGAAAAAGGAUAGAAAAAGAUGGAAGGGAGUAUUGUGCAUGUCCCCCUCCGUCAAAGUAUGCUGUAGGAUGACUACAUAAGAAAAGCCUCUUAGAGCCUGCCCCUAGUAGUAAAAUUUAUUCGGUCAUUGACCAAUACAAAAAUCGAUAAAAUAAUAAAUGCACAGUACAGUUAUUAAAUAUUGUUAAAACAAUUUCAAAUACAAUUUCAGAUCAGCUACGGACAUUUCAGUUUCCGUCAACCAGUUGGGGACGUAAUUUGCAUACAAUAGAGCAAAAUUUUGCUACCUUGCGAACAACAUUUGGUUUCCGAUUAUCCAGAAGAUAGCAUAAAUAAAAAGUGUCAGUAUGACCAGGGUAUUUAUUUAGGAGAGGAGGAAUCCACUGAUGGUGAAUGUCUUUAUAAAAUUGACAGUGCAAAAGAACAUGCUCUGCCGUUUCAAUAACACCAUCAUUGCACCGGCAAAGCCGAGAUUCAUAAGGUGUUUUCCUAUAUCUUCCUUCUAGCACUGCUGUUGGGUGAGCAUUAAAUCGAGCUAAAGAUAAAGCUCUCCUAAAUUUAGGUAUUGUAACAUGAAAUAGAUAAGAAGCUGGAGAAGAGACCAACAUUUGAUUAUUCACCACUAUAUGCCUAGGGAAAGCAGCAAUUUCCAUCUGGCCUUCAAUGUCUAAGAUUCUUUGUUUAAUAGCCGAUUUUGCUUGAUCUAUUUCUAGCUUUAGAAUGGUAUCCCUGAAAAGUCCUACCUAGGAGAUUCAAUUUCUUGAUUAUAGCUAUUUCCCAAGAGGAUUUAUGAGUAUCUACCAGGAUUAACUGGGCUAAUCCUCCAGGAUUUUGAUUUAAUUUAAGCCAGCCCACCCCUAGCAAUGGGCUCCCGUAAUUCAUUCCCUGUAGCUGGAAAUGGACAGUAGUUUGCAAAAGUGUUGAGGAGGGUAUUGAAGAGCCUGAUGACAUGCAUGAUCACUUACUGUGUUCCAGCAUUGUCUUUAGCCAGAUUUUCAAACAGAAAUUGUACUUGGUUUGAUGAGAGAUAACGGAGGACAGAAAUAAUAAGUUGGUAUACAUAAAAGACUCUAAAUCUGUGUUGACUAUUCUGACUCUCCAGGGCCUUAGGGUGUGGUUCUCCUCUCCUCCAAGCCUUGCUGCAGUUUUAACAAGAGAUUGCGCACUGGACCUUCAGAAUGCAAAAGCAUGUGCUCUUGUCACUACACAAAAAGGCUCUCUCUCCAUUUUUCAGAUGCUUGGCAAAAACAGCAGCAAUUGUUUGUUUUAGGCCAUACUAUACCUCAACGUGAAGCUCUUCAUUUAUUUCUUGGAAACCUUAGAGUUCCUUUGCAAAAGCCCUUCCUUGCUCUCAUACAUUAAAUAUCUGCAGUGCUGAUAGUACCUUCUAUUUUUAAAGAGCAGAGCAAUUUUCACCGCAUUUAAUUUAUAAUCUAGGCACCUGUGUGUUUGCCUGAUGGCGUCUUCUCUUCCUCUCCCCUUCCAAAUUGCUAACAUGGAUCAAAAGUGACCCAUGCUGCCACCUGCUGCUGGACACUUAAAUCUAUAUAAUGUGUUGUGUUAAUUUACAAACAACUGAGAGCACUUAGAGAAUUGCGGUAUGCUUAGAGCAUGACAGAACAUCCCUAAUCCAGUUGUGUCAAUUUGAACUAUUUACAAUGAAUGAGGCAUUGGGUUGGGUCUUGUGCGAAGAGAAGCCCUUCAUUCAGUAUGUAAAAAUCUGUUAAGAUCAACUGUGCUGAGUGUGGGCAAGUUAAUGAAUGAAAGUCUGAUGUCUGUGGCUUAGCUGGAUGUUCACUAGGAUGUUCCUUUCCACUGGCCAGUUUCAUCAUGAACAGGAACAGUGCAACAGGAUUACUAAUCCACAUUCUCUGCUAGCAUAAAACAAUUUUCUUGGAUUGUACCAUGUGGCAAUAUGCGCUAGUGGUUUCACACAGGGUGAAUGGUAUAGUACAGGAUAAUACAUAUGCAAGAUCCAUAGCUAUUCAAGCCUAUCUGCAUUUGAACAGCAGGAAAUGAAUUUCAAAAAGACAUCCUUCUGUGGCUAACGUGCAUUUGACUUUAACUGGACAAUAUUGCAAAUAAGUGUUACAGACACAGACUGCUCCCAGCUGUCUCUCUUAUGGCAUGCACAAUUAUUUAAAUUUUUCUGUAGGUAAAUGAAAGAAAAAUGUUGUCCCAUGGAAAGAAAAGAAGAAGCGUCAGAGGGAAACCAGUGCUAUCAUCUAUUCCCCAUGAAACAUGGCUCAGGCAGCAUUCCAGUAGAGCAAGAAGUAAUGUAUUUUCAGAUGGUACCAGGAAACAAUUCUGACAUAACACUUGCUCUUUUUGAUACAAUCAUGGUCUUGUGAAUGUGCUUAUUACAAUAGUGGACAGGCUCAGGCAGUUCAGAUGUCCUUUUGAUGGUCCCAGGACCCUCUGGGAGUCACACAUGGAUCCUCCAAAUGAAAACAGAUGUGACUAGAAGGUCAUAUCUAUUUGCCUUUAAAUCUGUUUCUGGAAAAAGAAAUGGGGAGUGCCACACAUUGGCUGGUAUCCUGUUAAUGGCAUGUCCAGAUGCUAAUCCACCUGGUGGGUGGGGGGAUGUCAGGGUGGAAGUUCUUGUUCUCUUCCAACCAAGUCCAGCCUUGACUUACUAUUUAGCUGCUGCAGCUAAACAUGCCUAUUUUAUGGCUGGUGGAGAGUACCUGGGGGGGCCAUAUACAGAAUGAUUAUAUCAUCUGCUGAGACAUUUGGAGGACCCUGGCAGAUCUCUGCAGCUGGUGUGAUCGCUGUGUGUCUGGCUGUGGGGAUAUAGCCAGAUGCUUCCAUAAUGGCACUGCUCUCCACCAGCCAUGGGAUGCUAAAUGGCGCAAACAAGGGAGGCAAAGUGACAGAUGUGAUGUACUGUACAUAUUCGACUAUAAGUCGACCUCAUGUAUGUUCAGGGCAGGUUUGGGGGGCCAAAACUAUGGAUUUUGAUAUGACCCAUGGAUAAGUCAAGGGUAAAACAUGUAACAAAGGAUCUAAAGGAUGAAGCAAAGGAAAACAAUGCCACUAAGAAGUUACAAAAUUCCAGCAGACUUCACUGUUUGUGCUCACCCUAAAUGUUGGAUGGAUAAGGGGGGCAGUACUUCCAGGAGAGAUUACAUUCUUGACUUUCACUGGGGGAUGCUACUUUUUUAAACAAGAGUUAAAGUAUAGUACUUACACUGACUUGUGGAUAAGUCAACUCAGGUUUUUUGGGUCAAUUUUUGACUCAAAUUUCUAGACUUAUACAUGAGUAUAUACAGCAGUUCUGCAUGUUAUACUGUGCCAUGCAGGAUCUCAGCCCGUGUUUCAGAGCAGAUUCUCCCCUCGCCACAGAUAUAUGAUUCUUCUGGAGGGUCACUAUGUAAAGGAAUUGCUUCAGGGGGAGGGUUCCAAGGGAGUGCAAAAAAUGGCAUGGGGCACAAAUGGUUUCUCCGCUACUGUAAUGUUUCAGGGUUGUGCCUCACACAACACUUGGCUUGCUCAACCUGUAAUUUUACAAUCUUCCAUGAAGAUGUGGGAUGCAACCAUUGCACACCUUAGAUUGUCAAUAGGAGAAGUCAGUAACAAGUAGUGGUUGCUCUCAUGAUACCCCCAUACUAGUGUGAACAGGGAAUGCUAUUAAUGGGUUUAGCAAGUUCACACAAUACAGGAAUGACAAUAUCUCUCAGCACUUUACAGUUUCACUUUACAGAAUCAAUUGUUUCUACUGAAAACUCUGAGUUAUCACCAAGUGGUAGGAAGGGUAUAUUUUUGACAGCUUAUCCACACAUGCAAUUCAGUUCUAGAUGCUAAAGUCAGUAAAUGAUGACCAUGCAUACAUGAUGCAGCCUGUAGAUACUUUUAAAAAUCAGCAUGUUUCCAUUUCUUUAGCAACGCUGUUGAUGGGCAGAAAUUAAGUAGCCAAAGCUUUUCCUAUCACUUUAGUCUCUUUGAAACAACACAGUUAUAGUACUAUGAUUCCACCUUCACUGCCAUAGUGACAUUCUAUGGAAUCCUGGGAUUGGAUUCCUCUGGUCUCUCAGCAAACUACAAACCCCAGGAUCCCCUAGGAGGCAGCCACAGUAGUAAAUGGAGUUAAAGUGCUGUAAUUGUCUGGUGUGGAAGAUCUUUAUCUGCAUGUCUCUCUAGCAAUUUUGAUCCCAGGACCACUUUAAUUCCUAAAGAGACAUUUUUCAAACAGGAGGUGAUCCAAAUGUUGGCUUCCAAGUCACUUCUAGUUGGAAGAAUGGCUUCCAAUGGACCUAAAAUGGCCCAGAGAGGAGAGCAUUUGGUGGACCUUCCUAAAAAUGGGCUUGUGCAGCUCACCAAGGUCCCCUGGGAAGUGUCAGUGCAACCCCCGCACCUCCAAAAGUUGCCCUCCACUAUUACAAAUAAUAUGUAUCUACUCCCCCCUUUCAUUUCCUCCUUUCCGCUUCCUUAUACAACGAUAGUCUUGGCAUAGAUCCGUGACAUAAGUUUUGAAUCUGUUCCAGAUGCUCAAUACAGAAUCAAAUGUAAACACAUAUGAAUGUAUUCCAUUGUUUAUUGUACAACAUAAAGGUAUAUAGAACUCCCAUCCACACAUUUUGAGAAAAUGCCAGAUAUUCCUCAUGCUGCUUUACUGUCAUACUUUAUGGCCAUGGAAUGGAAUUCCUAGGGGGGAAAACCCUACAUGGAUAAUUUUAUACAUAUAUAUUUUUUUGGAAUGUAUACACCAAUAUAUUAAAAGACAAACUGUGUUUCUA